CACACUCGCAGUCACAUUUGUAAAAAUUGUACCACCAGAAGAGAGGAGUAUGUAACUUUAUUAUUUUGAGUUUGAUUAACUUAAACCAUUUAAGUACCAAUAUAGCUUUUAGACUUAUGUGUAUUACCUGAAUUCAAACAGACUGAGUGAAAUAAACCUAUAAUUGACUAAACGACAAUUAAAAAAUUGUCCUACAAUGUUUAGGAGUUUACAGUACUCAUAUUUAUUGGUUUUAAAAAUUAAGGCCAUUGGUUCGAAGAGUUUGAGAUAGCUUGAUGAUUUUCACAGUGUUAAGAAAGGAAGUGGAAACACGUUGUGGUUUAAUGUUUCUGCACUGAAAGGAAAUCUGCAGUUUGAUCAAUGUUUUUACAGACGAAAGACAAUGGAGAAGAUCAUGCUCUUUUGUGUUUUUUCAUACUUGAUUGUUCAGAUCAGCUCCAGCGGGUCAGUUUAUGAUGUUUUCCAGAUGUUUCAGAACAUAAUGUGACUCUGUUAAGAUUCCGGCAGAAUGAAAGCAUCACUCUGAACUGCAGCAUAAAAGAACAAUUCACCUACAGAUUUGAAAUGGCCUGGUAUCACCAGAAUCCUGAAUCUGGACGACUAACACUGCUGCUGUCUGCCAAGAACUGGCCAUCACUGAACAUUCAAUACUCUCAAAACAAUCGCAUGAGAGUUCAUGGAGAUGUGGAGAGCAUCACAGCAUCACUAGAUAUUAUUGGACUAACGGAGUCAGAUUCAGGUCUUUAUUUCUGUGGAACAACGAAUUUAAUCAUGUUCUUCAACAAACCCAUCAGACUAGUGAUGGAGGACAAGUUGACAGACAGAGAAGAAAAGGUUCAGUCCAUCACAGAUCCUCCAGAGGAUGAUGAGAUCACAGCCUCUACAGUGGAGGUGAUGCUGACGGAGCGUGUGAUGGUGUUCGGUGGUGUUGGUCUGGCUGUCUUUAUGUUUUUUCUGGCUACAGUCGUUGCAGGAGGAAUCAUUCACUGUUACGGUUGGCAGAAAGGAUGGGCCGCAGCUAAACGUGCUGUUCUGACUGAUUAAAAAAAUAAC